UGCUGUUGUGAAUCUGUAAUACAAAGAAAGAAAUCACCAGGCUCAGGAUGCAUUCUUGCCCACUGUAUGGGUCUUGGAAAGACACUACAGGUGGUCACUUUUCUUCAUACAGUUCUCUUAUGUGACAAAUUGAACUUUACUACAGCUUUAGUGGUUUGCCCCCUUAAUACUGCCCUCAACUGGAUAAAUGAAUUUAAGAAAUGGCAAGAGGGAUUAGAAGAUGACAAAAAACUUAAGGUAUCUGAAUUAGCAACCAUGAAAAGCCCUCAAGAUCGAAGUAUUUUACUACAAAAAUGGCAAGACAGUGGUGGUGUCAUGGUCAUCGGCUACGAAAUGUACCGAAAUCUUGUACAAGGACGGAAUGUGAAGAGUAAAAAAUUAAAAACAGUAUUUAAUAAAACUCUUGUUGAUCCAG